GAUAUACAGAUAUACACAUAUUAUAUAUAGUUGUAACAAAGAAACUUUGUAUUUGAAAUAUUUUAGUUACAUAUUGUUGAAAGUUUGUUCCUUUUAAUAUCAAGAGUGUAGCAAUGGGGAUUACUUCUUUGCAAGUUUGCAUGGAUUCAUCUAACUGGCUACAGGACACAAUUCCCGAGGAGAAUGAGUUUGAUUCAUCUUCAUCUCCAUCAGGUGGUGACAUUUUUACAUGUUCAAGGCCAUUAAUGGAAAGAAAACUAAGACCCCAACAUGACAAACCUAUUAAUUGCCCUCGUUGUGACUCAACACACACUAAAUUUUGUUACUACAACAAUUACAGCCUUUCUCAACCAAGGUAUUUCUGUAAAUCUUGUAGAAGGUACUGGACUAAAGGGGGAACUCUAAGGAAUAUCCCAGUAGGUGGUGGAUGUAGGAAGAACAAAAAAGUAUCUUCAAAGAAUUCAAAGUUGUCUAAUGACAAUAUUACCCCUCAUGUUGAAUCAUCUCAUAAUUACCCUGAAAUGUCAUUUUCCCACUUUGGUAAUUUUAUGGAAAAUAAUAAUAUGAAUCAUAAUUUCAUGCAUCAUGCACCUAUUGAUUUUAUGGAUAGCAAGUAUCAAGCUUUUGUGGGGACUACUAGUACAAGAAAUCAAGAUUUUCUUGGGAAUGUUAAUGUUGGUACUGGUCUGAUCAACGGUUAUGGUGAGAUGGAUAAUUCGGGAAUUGGACCACAUUAUAAUGGAGGGUUUUGCUCUAGUGCAUUUGGGAUGCCUAAUAUGAAUGGAAAUAUAAUUAAUUAUGAGGGACAAAAUAUUACAAUGGAUGUUAAGCCUAAUCCAAAGAUUUUGUCACUUGAAUGGCAUGAUCAAGGUUACUUGAAUGGAGGACUAGGAACUUGGAGUGGAUUGAUGAAUAAUGGUUAUGGAUCAACCGCGACGACGAAUUCGUUAGUAUGAGGAUUAAAUUAAAUCAUCAAGGCUUACAGUCAAGUGAUAUCGAUGGAAAUAUAGGUGUUGGUUCAAUUAUCGUUAUAGCACUAAGCUAAGUUACUUUCACUUUAGUAACUACUUAAUUUCAAUUUAUGUUUGUUAAUCUCAUGUUGUAAUCAUGAGUGGUUGAGAUUAUAUCAGGUAUAAUUAUUAGUCCUGAAUUAUCACUUAUGUA